AUGUUCUAAAACAAUAAUUUAUGUAUAGAAAAGUGAAAACAAACACCCGUGCGGUUGCACGGGUCAAAAUCUAGUUUCUCUUAAAUGAUGUGGGAAAGACUUUGAGAAGAAGACUUUAUAUAUGUGAAAAAUGUUUGAAAUAUGAAAAAGUGACCUGAAACUAUGGAAUAUGAGAGAAAAAAGUAAAAGACAAAUAGGGCUAUUUUCCCUUUUUUUUUAUCAUCAAUAGGGUAAUUUAAAAUAGAAAAGAUAAUGAGGUAAUUUAAAUAAUUUUUUUUUAAUAAUUGAGGGUGAACUUUCUUCACCGCGUUAUUGUCCCCAACUCCCAGCACGAUAUCUUUUCUACAGAUUUAAGGGUGGCUUACUAUUGAUUAUAUAUAUGCGUGUAAGUGUAUGCUAAGUUUAUAAAUGCAACAAUCCAUUACCUAUUCUUGUAAAUCAGAGUAAUCUUGACAUUCUAUCGUCUCGAGCAAGAUUCUUAUCCAAGUUCAGAUUAGCUCAAGUAUAAUAAGGUCAAUGGCGGCAGGAUUAGUCUGUCGUUUAAUGUCGAAAUACUUGAGUUCCGAUAAGAAUGGAACCAACGAACAAAACCUGAGUUUUUACACAUCCGCUUGUGAAGAAGAUCCAGAGCUCAAAUCCUUUGAUUCUUCGCUUGACCAACGACUUAGCAAAUUGAAGAGGUCGCUCACUACAGGAGGCAAGACUGGAAAUAAUUCCCUAAACGCAGUCAAGUCGGUGUGCGGGUUUCUAGUUGAAGUGAACCAAAACUUGGCCGAGAACAUUAUCGCCAACAAAGAUUUAUUGAAGAGCGAAGAUCUAACGUUUUUGGUUGGCCUCUAUCAUGAGAGUUCCACGAGUACUCUAGAUCUAUUUAAUACAGUGAGGAACUGCACCAAUAAGGCAAAGUUAAGCAUUGUGAUCAUUCAAAUCGCGAUCCAACAGUUUAAAAAAGAGUCCAUGGACACAGAGAUUGGAGGAAACAAGAAGAAGUACGCCGAAACAUUAGAGGAGCUGAAUAACGUCAAAGCUAUGGGAGAUCCUUUCGGUGACGAGUUCAAGGAAAAGUUGAAGUCUGUACGCGCGGAGAACCUUAUGCUUUUAGGGAAGCUCGGUGAGCUGGAGAAGAAGCUUGAAAAACAACAGGAUAAAUUAAAGAAAAAAAGGAAAUUGACGACUAUUGCUUUCGCUUCUGUGGCUGCGUCUAUUUUGGCCGUAGAGGUUUGUGCAUGCUGUGUAGUACCUCAGGCUGCGUUAAAUGGUGCGGUUCAGGGUGCGGCUGGGUUGACCCAGCUGAUGGCAACUGGAGGACUAUAUGCCAAUGCUAAGAUGAAGAAUCGUGAGAAUGAUUUGGAUAGACAGAAAGAGGUGGUCGAUAUUAUGUUUGACAAUACGAAAGUCAACAUCCAAGGGACAAAUACGAUAAACAGCCUAGUGGACAAGCUUAUUAACAGUCUCUCAUUGAUUCUGGUGAAUGUGGAGGGUGCUGUGGUGAAAAGAGAAGAGGAGGCCGUAAAACUUCGGAUGGAAGCCAUCCGUGACGAAGUGGAAGCGUUUGCUACGGCAAUCAAGGAAGUUGGUGAAGCUGUGGCUACGUGUAACUCAUGUGUCGCUUCUGGGAAACUACAAGUUCUGGAACACAUAACCAAUUCAAUGUCAUCGAAAGGGAAGAAGAAGUAAACUAUCCAAUGUAUUUAUCGUUUAUAUUAAUGUUUGAAGUGUGCUAAACUCGUGUUUCUUGUGUGAAUUGGGCUUUUACGUCUCAUAUACGAUAGGAUCGGUUUAUGAGACGUUUAACUACAUUAAUUUUAUAUUAUAUUUUAUAUAUUUUUAUCUAUUAAAAUAGAAAUGAUUUCUUUCGUGUAUAUAUUAUAUAUUUUAAAAUGAACAAAAUUGUUUAAAUUAGUUUUUUGUAUUUGUAUAACGAAAUUCUAACAAUAUAUUGAAAUCUCUUUCUAUUCCACCAGAAAGAUAUUGCCAAAAUUCCAUGGAUAAAACUAAAUUAUAAUACUAUUUUAUACUAGUAAGAAAUAAAGGGUAGUGAUCUCAUGAUACAGACCUGUUUACACUUUCCCAAGGUUAUUUCGACACCCUGUAGUUCUGCAAUGAAACACUCAAUUAUCAAUACUAUUCAAAUGUGCUUACAAAUAAUCUAGGUUGAACCGUUAAAUUUAUUUAAUUUUCUUAUAUUUUUGACAUACCGUAUUAAUUAUUAUUAAAUAUCUAAUCUAACUUCAAUAUAACCUCAGAUAAUGGGAUCCAGUAACCUAACAAAUCGCAUAUAACAAAUCUUACGUAAUCAUUUGUUUUUCCUUUUUUUGUCAAAUUUUACAUUUAACUUAUAUCUAUAUCAUUUGUUUCUAAUUAUUAGUUAUGCACUUCUAAUAUUAUAAAUUGUACUAACUAUUAUAAGGUAUGUAGUGUUUAUUUUCUAUGUAUAUUGAUAAUAUAAUUUUGGCUUUGAACAAAAAAAAAAUUGAUACUAUAAUUUGGUUAUGCUUCAAUUUUUGAUAUAGUUUAGAAUGAUUAUAAUACAAAUUAAAUUAUUAUCAUUAUAAACGUAUAUGAUGAAUAUACAUCAAUAGUUAAAAGUUAUUAUUUUUAUUCAAUAACUAUAGACAUUUCUCUAAUUCUUUUAUCACCCUACGUUAUUAUUUUUAUUCGAUAAUUAUAGACACCAUAUCUUAUGCUCAAUAAUAUAUAGACCUAUAAUAUUUAGAUAUCAAUUAUCAAAAUUAGUAAGCAUAAUCAUACAACAUAUUAUACUAUAUCAUUUUACAUUAUAUAGUUCAAAUUUUUAUAAAAUCCAAUUUGAUUAAAACACUUUAGCAAAUCAUCUGUCAAAAAAAAUAUUAUUUAUAUAUAUAUAUAUAUAUAUUAAGUUGAAUUAAUUUUUAUAUGAAUCUAUAGUAAAAAAAUUUUAUUUAAGAAAAUUUUAAAUAUCAUUAAAAUACAAAUUUAUACUAUUAAAUUAACUAAAAUCUGCCAAAUAAAUUUUAAUUUACACCAAUUCAACAAAUAUAACUCUUAUCAAAUGCACACAAAAUAUAAUGAGAGAGAGUAGGUCUGGGCAUUCAGUUCUUCCGAUCGGAUACAUGUCAGUUCCUUUCUGGUUUUGGUCCUUUGAGUCUUACAAAUUUUGACCCAAUUAGAUAUCUGGAAAUUUUUUAUUUAUGUUCGGGUCAGUUCUUUUUGAGUUUGGGUCGCUUCGGUUCCAUAAUUUAAGUACCUCUAAAAUACUUAUAAUUUUUUGAUAAUUAGUAGAUCUGGUUCGUGUCGAGUAUUUAGAACUCGAAAAAUACUCCAAGUACC